AGCGAGAAAGUAGGAAUCUUGCCGUACAUACCAAAAGAGGGUCUUUUUCCACUUUGUCUGCAACAGCUCUUCCAAAAUUUAGCCUCACUAACAGUGAAGCCCACAAGGUCAUCGUGCGGAUCAAAUUCAAAACGUAAACGAAGGAUGGAACAAUGUUUAAGGAUGCCUUCUUUAGGCUUAGAUUGGGAGUAAAAGAGAAAAAACGUACACUCCAUGUACGCCGUGGUAUACACAAGAAACGGCAGUCACUGAUGUCUCCUUACCAAUUAUGACAGGCAAUAAGGUGCAAAGGCAAAUGUUCAAAACCUCGAGUGGAUAUCAUCGCUCGCAUGUUCGCUUUUGCCUCUUGUGAUGUGAUCCCUCCUUUCACCAUCCACAGCAUUGAAUUCCAAUGCCCUCAAAAACCGUGAAAGACAAAAUGAGUGCCAACAAAAUUUGCCAAGCUUAAUUUAUCACAUAAUGCCUGGUGGGGUCGUAGUUAGCUGCGAUGUUUACUAUGAAAUUAAAUGAGACAAGAAAAGAGGAAGAUGAGCUACAAAUACCCAGGAAGAUCAAAGCAAUAUCUCAUUGGAUAUUCCUGGCAAAUCCUUUGGUACAGCAGAUGCUUUAUCUUGCAGAGGAGAUGGCACAACUUUCCAAUCUCAUUUCCCUUCGCUCACCACGACUUGGAAAAAAAUAAUAAUGGCCCGUUCAAGAUGGCUCUGCACAAACAGCACGAGGAACAUGCUGGUCAAGAUUGUCCACCCUGGUGGGCACGUCGAGCUCCACGACAGGCCGGUUCUUGCAGCCGAGAUCAUGCUUCGCAACCCUAGAUGCUGCGUCGCAUACCCUCAUGUGUUUCAGCAGCCAUGGGCGAUCGUUGCGCCAGACACGAUGCUAAUGUUGGGCCAGAAGUUCUAUGUUGUGCCCGUAAGCACCAUCAGGAAGCUCCAACGCCUUUCAUUCAAGUACUCUCCGUCCGCUUCUCCUUUCCCUUCUCCUUUCCAGAGUCCCAACACCAAGGCCAAGCCGCAAGAAAUUACCAAGGAAGAAGAUCAAAUGGACUCGACUUGUUGGUCAAAGAUGGAGAAGGACGAGUGUUUCUCCAAAGAUAGCUGCUUUGUAUGCUUGUUUAAAGGAACAAAGCUCAAAGCCAAUCCCGAAAGUGCCAGCGAAGAGUCGAGAUCGUCAAGUAGCUUCGGGUCUUCGGAGACGAGGGAACUCACAGGCCGAAAGAGGAGUAAGGACAUUACAAGAAGGGGAAUGAGAGGGUCUCCGAAAAGGCUUGCAUCUCAUGACAAUUGGCAGCCAAGGCUGGAGAGCAUCACUGAAGAGUGAAGUCAAAUUUCAUUUGAUAUGAUAUUUAGCUCACGGCCACUCUGGAGGAUCAUAUAAUCAAAUAUUACACCAGGAUCCAUGAGUAAUAUUCUUCUUCUUCUUCUUUUGUUCUUUUUUACCAGAUACGGAUAGUAUGCAAUGUGUGCAAUGUAUAUGUUCUUUUUACUGGUAAUAUGUGCAAUAUAUAUAUAUAUGUAUUUUGUAAGCAACUUCAACAAAAAGGGAAAGACUAUAUCCACAUAUGAAGACUUCAUGUGCAUUUUUAGGCAGUCCAACUUGUAAGAAUGAAGAACAAUUCAUGUGAAAUAUAUCAGAUCACAGAAUUUGCUCUCAG